GACAGACAACCUUGGAGUGGUUUCUGGAUCAUGUCCAAAUAAAAUUGGAUCAUAAGGAUAAAAAGGAUCAUUGGCAACAGAGGCUUCUUGAGACUUAGCAUCUUCAGAGUCACAAUUAGCAGCUUCCUUUUCGUCCUUCCAUCGAAGGUGGGCAAUAACAGAGGAUUCACUAAGUCCACUGAGGUUAUCAAAAGAAGACCUUUUCUUUCGGGAGGAUGUCUUCUUUUCAUUGGAAGAUAAUUUCUUUUCUCUGGACUUGGGAGCAGCAGAUGACAUGGGAGUAGCAGAUGUCAUGGCUGGAUAAAGCCAGUUACAGCAAAUCUUAGUCAUGACCAACGUUUACCAGACUUAACUCAGCAACCGUAGGUAACCAUGUGCGCAGUUACUACCUCUGAUUCUUGUGCUGAAAGCAGCUUUCUUCGUACUGUGUACAUGGUAAUGGUAAUGGUCAACUACUUCGUAUUCCUGCACCGAAGUCUUGAAAUGGCAGACUUGAAAUUUGCUACAAAUUUGAUUUCUAUAUAUUUCCAAGAAAGGUCGUUCUUGUCUUCUUCUGAGAUCUGGAAAUUCUCAAUAUUAACUUGAUUUGAAUGAAAAUAUUAAAAUUUGCUGAGAAUUGAACUACAUAUGUUAUCUAAAGAAGACAGCGAAAAGAAUGGAGCAGAGACUGCUGUAAAAUCCAGAGAUUGUUUGAACACUGUAACCAUUUUAUUUGGUGAAACUGCAGAGCUAUCCACUGAUCCUAACGAGGAAGAUGUAGAUGAUGCCGAAAAAAUGAGUGGCGAUGGGAAGACUGUUCAUUGUGAUGAUCAUCUCACUCCUGCAGAAAGGCGAUAUAUUGAACAGAGGGAGCAAAUUGAUGUUCAUAGAUUAGCUAAGGUAGCUAAUAAAUCUCACCGUGACAGGAUUCAGGAUUUCAACCAGUAUCUGGCAAACAUGAGUGAGCAUUAUGACAUUCCUAAAGUUGGUCCAGGAUGAUUCAGGCAAGUUUAUGAGUAUGAAGAAGGAUCAACCUUUCAUGUCAGUGCUAUGUAUACAAUGUGGUUCUUGUCAACAGUAUUUUUUAUUUGGUCAUAUUGUGCUAUAUGGCAGAUGAUUUUCUGUUUGGUGGUUCCUUUCUGUUCUGGAACUUGAUUACAAGUUGCUCUCUAUGAAAUUUGCAUUUGCAAGAAAAACUCGUAUAUAUAGCCAUCUUAAUAUGCUAAUUAGUGCUUGACUGUCAUCUGUUCCUGCUCUGGGUUUCCCACAAGUCCCUUCCACUUCUUAGAUGGUAUUGGUGAAUUGACACACUUAGAAGUAGAUAGCAUUUAUCAGCUCUUAAGCAUGUAAAAGCAUUGGUUUGUUAGAA